AUGGAGAUGUUUUCUGCCCGAAUGUCAUCCAACGGCCAGGACGGUUCAGCCGGGGAAUCCACUUACAGUUUCGGUAGAGCAAAUAAGAGACCCAACAAUGGGAUCAUUCGACUUCGAGGUCGUUCCGUAGAAGUUCUUGAACAACACGUCGGUAAUGUUCAUCUUCGACGGGAACUCCUCACAACGAGUGGCGUUCUUCUCUCCAUAGCACUGAUCGAUCUUGAUGGCGCCAUCGUUGUUGAUGUUGCCGAAAGUGUCAUACGUGACAUUGCGUACGUAUCCCGAGCCGCCGCCACCUCCAAGACCAGGCUGGAAAUCAGUCUCCGACCCGGGCCAGACCUUGAGUCUGGCGCCAUCGGUAGCAUUGCUCAGAGUGACAUUGUAGAUGUACAAAUUCUCAACGAUGUCGAAAUACUCGGGGUACUGGCCCAGAGAGCCGACCGAGAUGCCGUGUGA